CACGUACUUUUCAGUGAGCUGAGACACUCCCCCUCCAAGUUCUUCGAGCUUGGGUUCGACUUUUGGCUUCGUCGCAGUCCUUUGAUCACUUUCCUUCCGUCCGACAUAGUCUCACAAUUGCAGACGCUACUUUGUUGCGUGUGAAGCCGUAACACAACAGCAGCCAAGAUGAGUUGCACCUACUCCUGCAGCAAACUGAUCCUCUUCACGGUCAACCUCGUUGUCUCCAUAUGCAGCUUGGCCGUGCUGGUCAUCUGCUCGCUGGCGCUGGCCAACAUGAACCAGCUGUACAACCUGAAGAACCUGAACACGGACCUGCCGGUGCCGCUGGCUCUUUGGGCCAUCAUUGCCGUGGCCGGCGUCGCAUUCGUGCUCUCGUUCAUCGGCUGCUGCGGCGCCAUCAGCGAGAACAGUUGCCUGCUCUACCUGUUCGCCACCUUGCUGAGCAUCGUACUGGUCAUGCAGCUGGUCGUGAUUGGCUUCGUCUACUACCAGCAAGACAACUUCAGGGCCCAGAUCAACAGCGUGCUCAACUCUACGCUGCACGACUACCCCACCAGCAAGGACCCGAUUGUGCGCAAGACCUGGGACACCAUCCAGACUGACUUCGAGUGUUGCGGCAUCAACGGACCUGAAGAUUGGAAGCACGUCUUCAACAACGACACCCUGCCAAACUCUUGCUGCAAGGCCAUUGCUGAGGGCUCGUCUUGCCACGCCAGGAACGACGACGCUCCUCCCUACCUCAGCGGCUGCCUCGAGGUCAUCAACAGCAAGCUCGACCCUGUCUUCAUCAGCGUCCUCUUUGUCUGCGUUGCCGAGAUUUUCGGCAUCAUCAUAGCUUGCUGCCUGUCGUCGUCCAUCUCGGCGCAGUACCGUACUGUGUAAACCCCGUUUUCGCCCUCUCACUGUCGUUAGGAGCUGCCAGCUGUUUGAAACAACCACAUGCCAACUUUAGAUUUCUGCCAUUUCAACAGAACGCGAAGGACGUAGAUUUUCUCAUUUGAUUUCUUGAUGUUUUAUGCACAAUAAUUUGUAAUAACUGGUAUGCAAUCUCGGUUAAACCCGGAACUAAGAAUCUCCAGAAAUAUAUAAGCAAUCUCGAUAGUACAGGGCUUGCCAAAAUCACUUUUUGUAUUUUUUAUAUUAAUAUUUUCUACGGCUGCUUUCCAAAUAUUGGAUGAUUUAUUUUGGUGCACUAUAAUUGGCGAGCCCCCGUUAAGAACAAAUUAAAUACUCGUACGGUACGAUUGAGCUGCUAUUAAUAUUAUACCAGAGUAACACUUAAAUAUAUACAUUUUUAAAAAAUUUGCUGAGGAAAGCUUCUGGGCUUGUUGAAAACAAGAGGCUGAAUAGUUCAUACUUAAAAAUUUUGACGCACUCGUCUCAAAUAAUAAUUACUUUAUCGUCAAUUAAUCAUAGCAUUUAAUUUGUCAGACAGAGUGUAAGCUGGUGGCUGGGUUCUCUCCUCCAUUCUCAAUGUGUAGCCUUGUCACUCACUGAUUUGAUGUCUGAUUUUCUUCCCUUGCAAUUUCCAAAGGUGGCUGUUAGUUAGUUAAAAAUACGUGAAGAAAUUUAAGUACCGUUUUCAGAUCUAGAUGUGUUGUUUUCUGAAUAGAGCUAUAAUGCUAUAUAAUAAUUGUAAAUUAUUCAAGUCAACUCGUUGCAUAGAGUAAAGUUUUUGGCAAUAUUUAUUGAAUAUGUGUAUAGGAUUGUUGAGUUGCGAUGACGUCUUAAUCCCAGCACUUCUGGCUUCGAGCACUGUCCAGUUAACCGACUGAUUUUCUCGACACCUUGAUUCAGCUUCUCAAAUUCAUGCUCCUACAAGAAUGUUGACAAAUAAAUUAUUCUCUAACCUAA